UGACACCAGGGCUGGCUGCUCCAGGGGAAAAUUCUUGGACAGCUGGACCGGAAGGAAAGUGAAGUCCAGGUCGGUGCUGCCGGAGGGCAGAGGUGAGCUGGACGGAGGCGCUGCGCUGGCCCGGGGCCUGGAGGCAGGGGUGUCAGGAAGACUACGGACAUCUCUUCCAGCGUUUAGAUCUGUUGGCAUUUGACCCCUUUCUGUAAUGAGGUCUGUGACAAUGAACAGAAGUCACCUGCCUUUGGGUACUGGCCUCUGCAAACAUUGCUGAACUCACUGGCUGGAAUCUGAAGAGUGAUAAUUGUGAAAUUAUCACAACAGCAUCUGAGAGAAUCCUGCCAGGUAUUGGGAGAGAUGGGGAAUGGCAAAAGCCGACCGGGGCAGACUGUGUCUUCACAGUUCCUUCCUGCGGAGCAGGCCGAGAUGGAUAGAUUGUUUGAUGCUCUGUCAUCGGAGAAAAGCAGCCCAAAUACCUCACCCAGAUCCUUCUCUCUGAAGGCACUGAAGAGCCGCAUCGCGGAAGCUCUUCCCCCGGAGAUGGUCACCAGACUGUAUGACGGCAUGCGGAGGGUUGACCUGACAGGGAAGGCUAAGGGGCCCAGCGAGAGCGUCUUCCAGGACCAGUUCACAGUUUCGAUGUCCCACCUGCUGAAAGGGAACUCUGAGGAGAAGAGUCUCGUGAUCCUGAAAAUGAUUUCUAACACAGAAGGUCCUGUGAAAGCAAAAGACGUCCAAAAGUUUACAGAGGAUCUGGUUGGCUCUGUAGUGCACGUGCUAAACCACAGACAGGAACUGAGAGGCUGGACUCAGAAGAAAGCCCCAGGCUCCCCGCCCAGCGUGCAGGUGCUGGCAGCUCAGCUGUUCUCCGAGAUGAAGCUUGCAGACGGUAAGAAGCUUCUGGGGCCUCAGUGGCUGGACUGUGACUGUGACCGAGCUAUGAUCGAGCACUGGGUGUUCAGGGCCCACCUCGUGGCCACAUUCCUGAGUGUGAUCAUCCACAGAGGCUUUCUCCUGCGCUUGUCCCUCAAUCUGGCCACGCUGGUCCCCGAGCGUCAAGUUGACCCAGGACAGGAGUUUGAGAGCAUCCUGGAUGUCCUGUCGGUCAUCUAUCUCAACUCCCACCUGCCCAGGGAGCAGCAGCACCGCUGGCAUCUGCUCUUCUCGUCCGAGCUCCACGGGCACAGCUUCGCCCAGCUCUGUGGGCGCAUCCCACGCCGGGGGCCCUGUGUGUUACUUCUCGAGGACGAUGACGGCCAUGUGUUCGGUGGGUUUGCCUCCUGCUCCUGGGAGAUCAAGCCUCAGUUUCAAGGGGACAACAAAUGCUUCCUGUUCUCCAUCUCCCCCAGCAUGGCCGUGCACACCUGUACAGGCUACAACAACCACUACAUGUACCUGAAUCACGGGCAGCAGACCAUCCCAAAUGGACUGGGCAUGGGAGGGCAGCACAAUUACUUCGGGCUGUGGCUCGACGUUGACUUCGGGAAAGGACACAGCAAGGCCAAGCCCACGUGCACCACAUACAACAGCCCUCAGCUGUCGGCCAAGGAGGACUUCCGGUUUGAGAAGAUGGAGGUGUGGGCAGUUGGAGACACCUCGGGGCAGGAGCUGGCCAACAGCGGCAAGAGCAUUCUCGAUGUGGACCCCGAAGCCCAGAUCCUGCUGGAGAUGAGUGGGCGGGGCCGCCACAGCCAAGGGCUCCGGGAAGUGCCUGACGAGUGAGGACCCUGAGCUCGGGUUGUCUUGGAGCUGGAGCGUGGCCCCCCGCCUUGGACAGCGCGCACAGCCUGAAGACCCUCUCCCCAUCCCAUGCGUGCUUAACUUUAACAGAGACCCACCCUGGUCAAGUCCAGAUUGCCCGGACAUCCUUAAUCAGAACAGAGUAAAAUUUCUCUGAUGCCAUAUAUCAAUUGGUGGGUAUUUCUCCCAGAAAUCUUGAGUGUCAAAUUAGCAACUUAAUUCUUAUACUUUGUUCUCUUCAUAUUGCUGAAAUGCAAUGACACUGAGACCUUUGAGACCUCGGUUGGAAGCAGCAUUUGAUGGGCUUUUGAGUUCUUGGGUACAGUGGGUUCCACCCAGUGGAGGUCACGUGGCCUCUGCUCAGGCCAUCCCAGUUAAAGCGUGCCUUCAUGUUCCAUUUCGACUGGUAUAAAGACCAGAGGUUUUUGGAUGUGAAUGUCAACACUUUGACAAUAGUUUCCUAUGACAUGGGAUUUCUGUAUUUAUAAAUAAGCACAGUGUAUUCAUGAGGGGUAAUAGCUGAAGAUUUUGGAGAUAACGGUGGGAUGGAUCCUCAAUAAGUGUUUAUAAUAAGGUUCCACCUACGCCUUCCUCAGCUGGUUUUAAAUGAAUUUGUGCCAUGAGCAAGGGAGAAAAGGAGGAGAUCAACAGAGAAGCAAAGUUUUGGUUCUGUUACUAAUUUAAAUGUGGGGGACCUUUGGGGCUCCUCAUAUGGUCUGCUGCCUAAAUUAGCCAUGAGUAACUUGGCAGCCCUGGCCUGGGUUCUGGGCCUCCUGGCACCACACCUGUCAGCAUCACCUCCCUGCCCAGUGCUGCUCCUGAGGGGGAGGGUGGGUAAUUUGGCAGCUUGGAUCAACUGCAGUGAUCCCCAAAUGCUAAUGAUGACUUAGGUGGGCUGGGCUUCCAGGCUGAGCUACCAUUUCCCAGGCUUGAAGCAACUCUAAACGCACUGUGAGAAUUCCCUCCUGAAAGGAGCUGUGGGCGCCCCUCAGACAUACAUAUACCUCGUCCUCUUUUCUCUUGCUGUAAACUUUGACCUUUUGUUAUAGAGUUUGCCCUGAUUAUAAGCCAUAGCAAACUGAGCUGUUUGCAUUUUGCAGGUUCUGCAUUUUCUCCCAGGAGGCUCAUCAAGCUUGGCACUUAGCAGUGCCCUUGACUGAGCAGAAGGCUUUGCAAAUUAGCCUUCAAAAGAAAAGCCCACGCUGGGCUGGUGCCCGGAGGGGCAGCGGCGUGACACACACAGACUCAGCCAUGAUUGACUUGCCUUAUAAAAAGCCAUUUUUAAAUAGCUUCUCGGGUACAUUGUGUGACUUCCUAACUGAUGGGGUAGCAGUUCCAGGAUAUUGGAAUUCUCAGAUAUUUUUUACCAUACAUCUGAAGAAUUAGGCCUUGAAUCUUCAGUUUGUUGUGGGAUUUUUUUUUGUUUUUAUAAAAUGCGAUUAAAUACCUCACUAAUAAAAGGUUCAUUGGUAUUUGUUCCUUGAGUACUGUUUACUGCUGCUUCUGUUUGUGGAGGUCAGGGAGACUUGUAUUUUGUCUGCCUGCAGGCUUUCUGCCUUAUGCUUGUUCUAACGAGAGUGCAGGUCACAAAUGGGGAUCUGUUUCUCAAGACCGCACACUUAUACCAGGAAAGCGGGGGUGCUCAGACCAGAUGCUUGGUAACCUGGGGAAUGCUGCCCUUGUGGUGGGUAUGUGGUUCUAAGCACACAAACCUGUUUAAGGGUGUCAGCCGUGGCUGGGGCCACUGGCCUGAUGCACCCUGCUCUACGUGGGGCUGGGAAACCUGCGAUGCUAGUUUUAACAAAUGAAGAGUUCUUUUUCAAUUCAGCUUGUAAGGACCAGCGGUCUCUCUUGUCAGUGAACUCCGAUCAGCACUAAAAAUGGUGAUAGCAAGAGGUGAAAAAAUGCAGUCCGUGGUACAAAUGUGACUAUUAUUUUUUUCCCACCGAAUUUUUAAAAAUUAAAACAAUUACCAUAUGUGUACAUGGUAAAAUGGUCAAAAUACAAAAGUUCAAAAUACAAAAGGAGAGAACUUGACAGGGACGUCUUCCUCCUGCCCCUUUUCCAGCAUUUGCUUUCCAAGAGGCAAAACCACUCGUGAUAAAGCCCCUUAGGCCUCCUUCCAGAGGUAACAUCUUGUAUCCCCAGCAUAACUGCGUUUUCUACACUGGUGUGUCCCUUACUGUUUUGGGGGUGGAGAUGGCUCCGUAUUUACCCAUCUCUCUCCCUCUUUGUUUUCAUUGUCUGUAUAAUGUCCCUUGUUAUGAAUGCGCCAUGAUUUCUAGCAUGUGGAACGUUUGUUUGUAGCUAACCAUGGCCGCAGUGAAUACCCUUUAUUUGUGUCUUGGUGUGAUUUUUAUCUGGAGGAUAAACUCUUAGAAGUGGAAUCGUUGGAUCAAAUGGUAUAUAAUUAUUUUUUUUAUUUAGAUAUUGACAAAUUAACAAACAUUUUUCGAGCUCAUGUUAUGCUUCUAACAUACUGGAGUGCUUGUUUGCUAUGUUUUGUUUUCACCAAUGCUGUAUUAAAAUUUAGUUUUUGUUUGCCCGAUACACGAAAACUGUUAACUUUUAUGAGUGACCAUGAACAGCUGCAUUUUUCAAAAGCCAUCUGUGUUAUAGCCUUUCUCUGGUUUCCUAGGGUGUGAGUCUUAUUGAUUUGUAAGAGUGCUGUUUUGAAUGAGGCAAAGUAGCAUUUGCCGUGUAUGGUAAGUAUUUUUUCCAGCUUGUUUGACACUUUAUUUUUAUGUACAUGAAUUUUGCAUUCUGUGUCAUCGUAUCUGCCAACACUGUCUCUUAAGGCUUCUGGGAUAAUGUGGUUUGCCUAGGAAGUUUUUCUCUGAGAUAAAAAAAAAUUAAUGUUUUA